AGAAUAUGGCCUAUUUGUAUAGGCCUACGCAAAUAAUGCAAGGGACAGUGUAUUUCUGUUUUCAUUUGGGCCAUGUUAAAAUGACAGGAUACAUUGCAACCCUUCUCUAUAGUUCAGUGAGAUAAAAUGUCACUAAUCAAUGUAUAUUCCUCGUCAUUAUUCACCGCGGCCACUACUAACCUCACUGCUCGGCUACGCACUGAACUACAUAACAGGAAACUGUACCUUUCUUUAUAUCGAUCUGAAACGUUCGCUGCGAGCGAAGUAUGAUGAGUAUGUUCAUUCACUCAUAACCGUAAUACAGUCAAGUUGGUUUUUUCUUCAAACACCGAUAAAGCGAGUACGAAUUAUUUUGACAUGUACUUUCGACAAUUGCCUUUCGUGUAGUGAAUAGCUCCACUUUACAUCAUGGAGCAACAUGUAUAAAUACUUUGGAAUUUUCGUGAGGAUAAUUAUGCUGGUGGAGAGAGAGAGACACAUAAUCAGAUAAUAUUCCUCGUCAGCAUUCACUGCGGCCACUAUCCUCUCUGCUCGGCUAUAAUGAUGUACUACAGGAAAAGUUCACUGCUAGCGAAGUAUCUGAGCGUGCUCAUCUCUCUGGAUUGACUGAAACGGUUUGACUGCACUUCGCAGCCAAUAGCUGAAUUAUGUAACAUUUACAUUGGAAUACGUACAAAUGCGGUUCACAAGAUGCUGUUUGUUGUGCUGAUCUCACAAGGCCGUAUGUAGAGACGUGCAUGUAAACAUUAUGUGGUACAUGUAAUAUGGACAUCUGUUCGAGACACAUCACAGCUUGAAUCGGGUAUUCUUAUUAUUCCGUCCCAGCUUGCAUGAUUGUGAACAGUCAUGGGCUACAUCAGAAGACAUAUCUCCAGGAGAUGGCUAUUUGCUUUCCUCGCCUUUUUGGGUAUCUCUUGUUUACACAUCCUACGACUCAACAUCAGUGUCGUCAUAGCAACCAUAGUGAAGACCAACAACAGUACCCAUUCUCAGUCACGUGACAGCAACAUUUCGACUCAGAUGUGUUUCAGCGCAGAGGAGAGAGAAGUUGAUAGUUUAUCAAAGGAGAACAAGCAAGCUGAAUUUGAAUGGAGUAGUCACACACAGGAGCUCCUUCUUGCCUCCUUCUACAUUGGCUAUGCCAUCAUGCAGGCACCUGUGGGAUGGAUGGCAGACACUUUUGGCGGGAAAUGGCUUUUUGCAGCCGGUGUGAUCGUCUCUGCGAUCUUGAAUAUAGUAGGACCUGUCGUCUUACGGGCGAGCCUGCCGCUCUUCUUUGCUACAAGGGUUGUAUCUGGUAUGGCCGAGGCCGUUGCUUUUCCAGCGUCUAACACAUUAACAACGAAAUGGGCUCCAGAUAAUGAAAAGACUACGAUGACGUCAUUGAUUGUAUCAGGUUCCGGGUUUGGAUCGGCUGUCGGUCAGUUUUUCUCUGGAAUGGUCUGUUCUUUCAUCGGGUGGGAAGCUAGCUUCUACAUAUUUGGUGGUGCCUGUUUGCUAUGGGUAUUACUCUGGGCAUUCCUGGUCUUUGAAGAUCCUGGAGUUCACCCAUACAUAUCUGUCGAAGAGAGGAAUAAAAUAGAGGAAAACCGGUCUCGCCGCUCCAACAUAAAACUGAAGGCGAUUAUACCAUUCCGUUCUAUAGUGACGUCAUUACCAGUUAUUGCCUGGGGUGUUUCCAUGGUAACCAUAGCGGGUUUUGUCGUCUUCAUCCUUCUCACGAAUCUACCUCUCUAUAUGAAACAUGUUCAACGACUGGAUACCGUGAAGAUUGGAUAUCUACUACCCAUCCCCUUUGCUGCACACUGUGUUAUGAUGCUGGUUGCAUCAUCCUUGUCCGAUAUGCUGAUUAGAAAAAAAUUGCUUGGAGUUACGCAAACCAGGAAACUUAUAACCAAUAUAGGUGCCGUAGUAACAUCAGGAUCCCUUCUAGCCGUAUCGCACGUUGGAUGUAGCCAGCUGAAGGCUGUUGCUUUAAUGACCACGGCCAUGGGCGGGGUCGGCAUCGCCUUCGCCGGCAUCUUCGUCAACGCCCAGGACUUGGCGCCGAGGUUCGCUGGAACGCUGUUCGGCAUUGGGAAUGCUUUCUCUGUGAGCACGGGCUUCAUCGGACCCCUCAUCGUUGGGUUGCUGACGGAGGACCAGAGUGCUCCUGAGGGAUGGAGGAAUGUGUUCUACAUGGCAGCAGGACUCAGCCUCUUUGGUGCCAUCUUCUUCCAGUUGUUUGGGUCUGGCUUGGAGCAGGACUGGGCAAAGUAUAACAGCGGUACACAAUUUGACAACCUGGACGAUGCGGCCUGUGAGAAAAUGGAUCUUAAAACUAUCGGAGAUGAAAAGUGUGACCAUUUUACGGAUACAGAUGUUUAAAUGAUAAAAUGGUGACUGCACAUACUAUUGGGUCCUAGCGGCUGAUGUCAUAUUUGUGGUCAUAAUAUUUGGAGGAACUUUGUCCACGCAAGCAAGAAUUUUUUUUUUUUGAUCAACAAGGACCAUACAUGGACUUCAUAGUGUAAAAGUAUAUCAAUACAGCUAUAGAAUGUGACGCUUUCAAGGAUUGAGUCUUGGAUAAAAUGGCCAAGGAACUUUCCAAGGCUUUGAAUAUGCUUUUGAAGGUAGAUUGAUGCAUAGCAACGGAGGACAUUAGUCGAGAUUGACAUGUAAUUAUUGUAUCGCAAUUUGAUAUCAAUCGUACCUCUGUACCAAAGAAAAUAAGAACUCGUAAGUUUGCGAUUGAUUGGACGACUUGGGAUCACUCCAGUUCACUCACAACUCUUUGUAAAGCAGGUCACUGGACAACAGAGAAAGCCAAACUAUUCUGCAUGCUUGUACACCAUUCCAUUUAUUCUAGAAAAUUCCAUUAAUAUUUAUCAUUCCAUUAAAAUUAACAAUAAUUAAAUACAUGUAGAUGGAGGUAUAUAACCAGAUAUUGUAGCGGGGAAAGAGAAAUAGAAGUAGGCUGAUCACAGUGCAUGCAUAUACAUUCUGCCGUGCACGUCAGUGCACAGCAAUAGCAAAUCUAUGCUGAGAAGCCAUUUUUCAACUUAUGAUUUAAAAAAUUCAAAAACAUGUAACAUAAUUUUUUCACAGAUAUUUCAGUCAUUCUUUUAACCCACUAUACUUAAAAUCCUGUGGGUGUGGGUAUUAGGGAAAGUAUUUAUUUUAUUUUUUUAAAAAGGGAUGUUUUUGACACCGCGCAAAUUGGGCCAGUGGGUGUGUGCAAUCACCACGGACAAUACUGCACUAAAUAUCCCGGCAGAUUGGAAAAAACUCCCCUGUAAAAAAUGGACUUGCCACCAAUGUUUCAUUCACUGGAUUUCAAUGACCUUACCAUAUAUGGUACCUGUGACCUUUCCCUGGCUACCCCAGCAACAGGUACAUCGGAAUUUUGUUUCUACACGAAGUUACAUUGAGUUGAAUGAAUUUUCAGAAAAUGCUCAUAAAUCCGUAAAUAUUGCCCGAUUUUCAAAUCCUAAACUGGUUUUCAGUAGUUUAACAUCCAUAGUUUCUUGCCACAUGCUCCGAUUUUUAAUCCAUCGAGUGAAACAUUACUGGAAAUUGCUGCGAAAGUUCAGCUCAUCAUUUUAUUCAGCAAAUGCAAGCAUCUACAAAGCUCAAACUUGCUACAGUUGUUUUAUAUAGAUCAGGAAGUUAGGUGAGAAGGAAAAAAAAUAUAUAAACAUUGUCUAAUUUGCAUAACGGUGUUGCGAAUAUGUAAUUAGCUAAUUAUCAGCUCAUUUGCAUAAUUAAUUAGUUUUCAUAAAUCUUAUUAUAUAAAUGGAUAGGGAUUCAUUAGUUGAAGCUUGCCACAAAGUUGUAUCAAA